AUGAACCUCUUCCGAUUGUUGGGGGAUUUGUCCCACUUGCUAUCCAUCCUAAUUCUGCUGCAUAAGAUGAAGGUGUCAAGCAGCGCGUCUGGCAUCUCGUUCAAAUCGCAAUUCCUCUACCUGAUUGUCUAUCUCACGCGUUACGUCGACUUACUAUGGACCUUUUACGAACCGAAGUCGCUCUACAACACCAUCUUCAAGAUCAUCUUCAUCAGCACAUCGGCCUAUACCGUCUACCUCAUGCUCAACGACUACAAACCGACGCACGACCCGAAUCUAGACACAUUCAAGGUGCAAUAUCUGCUGGGAGCGAGCGCAGUGUUGGCGAUACUUUUCCCGUACAAGUACACCUUCACCGAGAUACUCUGGGCUUUCUCCAUCUGGCUGGAAUCAGUGGCUAUUCUGCCCCAGCUCUUUAUGCUGCAGAGAACCGGCGAGGCGGAGACGAUUACGACACACUACCUCUUUGCGCUGGGUGCUUACCGGGCUCUGUAUAUCCCCAACUGGAUCUACCGUUACUUCUUCGAGGUGCCCAAGUUCUACGACCCGAUUGCGGUGAUUGCUGGUAUCAUCCAGACCAUCUUGUACUCUGAUUUCUUCUACAUUUACUACACCAAGGUCAUCCAAGGCAAGAAGUUCAACCUGCCCGUAUAG